ACUUUCAGUUUUUUAAAAGUGCCAUAAAAUGAAGAACAGCCACGAAGCCAUGAGCAUCCAAACCUCCAAAGUUCCUGUGGAAGAUAAGUUAGCAAAAAUAACGGCACAAAAAAGGAGGUGUCCUUCACGUACAGAGAAAAGAAAGAAUAGAAAAAGCCCAAAUAAAGACGCUGCUUUUGCAUCGUGUCACUUCACUGAAGAAACGUUUGACCGAAGCAGAAAAACUGCCUGGAAGCCAAGAUGGAGAAAACCUUGGAUUCUUUGCUGGGCUUAUUGUUGCUGACCUCGCUCUUCUGCUGUGGACAAGCUCAGGGUGCUGCGCUGACUACUGAGCCCAACUGGUUGACGUUCUAUUCUGGAGAGUUUGUUACCUUUAGAUGCGACAUGAAUGAAGGAGAAAACUCUGACUGGGAAUACAAGCUGAACAGGAAUAAUGGAUCAUAUCUGUCCAUCAAGACAGAUAAAAAAAACACAUUCACAUUUCUUCUUCAUAGUGGUGAAUAUCAGUGCUGUGGUCGUAAGAGGAGCUCAGAUGAAACAAAGUGCAGUAAUACUGUUACUGUCUCAGCAGAAAAACCCAUGGCCACAUUGACAGCAGAUUCAACAACUAUACCAGUAGGGGGCAGUGUGACACUGAGCUGCUCAGUGGAGCCCUCUGCUGGAUGGAAAUACAGAUGGUUCAGACGGACCAAAAAAUCACCUGAAGCUAAAAUCACAGCAAAUAAUGAACAAAACAGAGAUAUCACUGUGACACAAAGAGGAAUCUACAGGUGUCAAGGAGUUAGAGGAAAUCCUGGCUUCAUCAGCAAUCCAAGCAGUAAUGUUAGCAUUAAAACAACCUCGUCUCCCCCUCAGCCUGUCCUCUCUGUGUCUCCAUCAUGGCUGAAUCCUGGAGCCUCAGUGACUCUGAGCUGUGAGGGUUUGAAGCAUCAACCAGCAGGAUGGAGGUUCUUCUGGUAUAAAGCUGUUCCUGAUCCAUCCAGUAGCUCCUACACCUAUGAGCUGCUGCCUAACAGCACUAAUGGUACCGAGCAGAACUCCUUCAUCAUUAAUGGACCGACUCACACAGCAGGAUUUGUGUGCAGAGCAGGAAGAGGAGGACCAAAGUUUUACACUCAUUACAGUGAACCAAAGUUUGUCUGGUCUGCAGAUCCUGGUCCAGCAGCUUCUUUCUCAGUGAAUCCUGACAGAGUUCAACACUUCAGAUCUGAAUCUGUGUCUCUGAGCUGUGAGGGAAACUUUGCUGAGUGGAGAGUGAGGAGGUUUACAGAAGCAGGCCACCUGUUGGACUGCUUCUAUGGGGGGAGAAUGAAUGGAUCUACAUGCACCAUUGAACCUUUCUAUUUUAGUAGUGGAGUGUUCUGGUGUGAGUCAAAUUCUGGAGAGUUUAGCAAUGCUAUCAACAUCACUGUACUCUAUGAUUAUUAUGAUGGUAUUAUCCUGCUGAGUCCUGUUCAUCCUGUGACUGAAGGAGAUCCUGUUACUCUGAGAUGCAGAGAUAAAGAUCAUCUUCUCUCCAAUGUGUUUUUCUAUCACAAUGAUAAACUCAUCCAUGAUGGCAGCAGAGAGGAGCUGAAUAUCUCUGCAGUGUCAAAGUCGGAUGAAGGUUUCUACAAAUGUCAACAUUCAGGAAAAGAUUCACCAAGGAGCUGGAUGUCUGUUAGAGUAACCAGUCCUGUCAGCUCUUUAUUUCUUAUGCUGUUGAUCAUCGGACCAGUUGUUAGAAUCGUUCUCAUUUUCCUCCUGCUCUUGUUCUUGUGCUGCAGACGGAACAACGUAGCAGAUGGACCCAGUGAUGCUACAUACUCCCAGAUUGAACUGAGAGACUUCAGGGAAAACUACUCAACUCCAACAUAUGCUAACAUCAACUAUCAGAAAAAGAAGAAAGGAAACCGAAGUCCUGCAGCAACAGAUGCAGAUGCAGAUGCAGUUUAUUCAGAAAUCGGAACAUGAGCAACUUUGGGUAACAACUAUAACAUGUAGCUUCACAUUAUUAGUUUAUUAUGGGAUUUAUUUCAUUAGGUAAUCUCACAACAACAUUCUCAAAUCUUUUAUUUUCUUACAUAUUUCAUUUGCUGAACAUUUUUGAAAAGUCUGGAACUUAGAAAACAAACAUUUUACAAAAAAUACUGUUAGCAAUGCUGAAAUAAAUGUUUUUCAGAAAUGAUUAGUCAUGUGUAGACGGACUAUGAUUAAGUUUGAAUACAUUAAAUAUUUUUGUAUAUUUUUUAUGGUUUAUUUUACCAAAACCAUAAAAUGGCUAUGUUUUACAGAUUUACAGUAUCUCCCACUCCUAGUAUUUGUUUAACCAUUUUAUAAUUCAUAUAUUUUUGCUUUAAUUAUUUUAUUUGUUUUCAUGUUGCAUUUAUAAAAUAUUCUGAUUACCGAUUGACUUUAUUUAUUCAGAACAAAGUCAAUGCAGACGAGUAAUCCACAGAUUUUUAUCUAAUAAUAAAAAUCUGCCAGAAACGCUGAACUUUUGCCACAAUGUACAGAUUUCUGCCCACUGAAUGUGUACAUUUAUGACUGAUUUUCAUUAUUUUAUGCCUCUUUUUUCAUCAUUUUCUUACAUGUUGGAUUCAUGUUAAUGUGUAU